AUGAAUGAUAGGUCUGAGAGACAGGGACGGGAAGAUCCUCGUUUUCUUCAGAUAUCGAUCUGUUCGGCGAUCGUGAAGGGGUUCAUCACGGAGGAGAAAGAGGGAUACCGUCUAUCCCAGUCUCUCCUUGGAGGCGAAGGAAAGUCGACCUUUGACCCUAUACGAUGUCAGUAUGUUCUUGGUGUUGAUGCACCUUUUCUGCGGUUAUCACGAUCGGUGCAAUUCGUGGGAGGGAGCAACGGAGAGUGGAGAUAUGGGAGAUUCCGCGGCACGGGUCAAAGCGGCUGGGAUAUAAAAUGGGGCGGAGGCCCCGAGGCUGGUCAACAGUUCCCGCUGGGCUUCUCGCCGUGCUGUGCUCUCCUCCUCCUCCUCCUCCGCCUCCAGAGCAAUACUUACCUUUCCUCAAGCGAAAAAGUCAUGGAUCAUUUUCUGGUGCCCAUCCUGGCCCUGCUGGGUGCCACAAGAGCCACCUUGGGUUCUCUGCCCCCAGCCUAUGCGACCCACGAGGUAGGUGCUGGAUACCACCGACAGUACCACUUGAACCCCGCACCUUAUCCUCAUCCGGAUCCAUAUCCGGCCGUGCACGAUUACGGGUAUCACAAGGAACCCCUGAUCUACCCUCACGAGAUCCAUGCACCUCCUGCUCACCCUCCCUACCCUCCAAAGAAGCACGGAAAGGCCCAGGUGGAACUCCAUCGUACGCAGGACGGCUUUUCAUAUGAGCUCGUGGAGACCGGAGACGGAUCGUACACUAAGGUGACUCAGACGCAGGACUUCCACAAGAAGCAUCCUUACCCCGCCCCCAAAUACCCAAAGUACGUGGAACCAGAGUACCCCAAGUACGAACCGGAGUAUCCCAAAUAUGAACCGGAGUAUCCCAAAUACGAACCGGAGUACCCCAAAUAUGAACCUGAGUAUCCCAAGUACGAACCGGGGUACCCUUCCUACGAGACUGACUACCCAAAAUACGAGACAGGAUACCCGAAAUACGAGCACAACGAGUAUCCGGUAUACGACUCCAAGUAUUCCAAGUACCACCAUGUGAAGCACCCAUAUGGCCACAAGGAUCCGUACCCUCUCCCAAUCCGGAGGUACAAGGUGAACAGGAAGUGA